UUUCUUUUUUUCAUCCCAAACUCAAAAAAAGUAGUUUUCUCCCGGGAGUAUCUUCUUCUCAUAACGUCUGAUCACCCAAAUUUCAAAAACAGAUAACAAUAUCCACGUGGCAAAAUUCUAUUAGCCACCCAUCAACACCUCAUCAUCCAGAUAAUAUUCAAACAUGAUCAACACCCACACACAGUAUCAAACCUUCCCUCCAAUGGAGGUUCUCACAAAUUAAAUGAACCACAAAAACCAUUAAAAGAUAUUUCAAUUUUUCAAAAAUGGCUCCAGCUUUAACAGCCAAUUCAUUUCUCUUAACCACUUCACCACACUCAAGACUAACUUCACUCAAAAAACCAAACAGAUUGGUUGUAUGUGCUAAGAAAAGUGAAUCAUCUUCGGCUGGAGAUGUCGAAACGGAGAAUUCGAAUGGGUUUCGCUUCGGGUUCGACUUUGGGAAGGUUUCGGAUGUGAAUUCGUUGAUACGGGUUGUGAAUAAUGGAUCGUCUGGUGCGGUGUUUGGUAAACGAAAGGAUCCGAAUACGGUGUUUGUUGCUGGUGCUACUGGACAGGCGGGUAUUCGGAUUGCGCAGACGCUGCUUCGGGAAGGGUUUAGUGUUCGGGCGGGUGUGCCUGAGCUCGGUGCUGCACAGGAUUUAGCGCGGUUGGCGGUUAAUUAUAAGGUAAUCUCCACCGAAGAAUCCAAACGCCUGAACGCGGUGGAAUCAAGUUUCCAAGACCCCGAAGCCAUUGCAAAAGCAAUCGGGAACGCCACAAAAGCCGUAGUCACAAUCGGCCCAUGUGAAAACGGUCCAACCACAGAGGUCACCACAUCAGAAGCCCUGCAGUUAAUCCAAGGCGCUCAACUAGCCGGUGUGAGCCACAUCACCAUAAUCUACGACGCAUCAACACCAUCAUUCACCUCAACCAACAAUGUACUUGAUGGGAUCUCAUCAUUCUUCAACAACUUCUUCUCAAAGUCACAGCCAUUGACUUUGAAAGAGUUUAUAGAUGGAUUAAUAACAACUGAUUUGAAGUACACUUUGAUCAAGACCAAACUGACCGAUGAUUCGGCCUCUGAGAGUUCGUACAACGUUGUUGUGACCGCUGAAGGAAUCACACAGGAAAACGACUACAAAGUAACAAAGUCUCAGAUCGCUUCGUUGGUUGCAGAUGUUUUCUCCAACACAGAAGUAGCAGAAAAUAAGGUUGUGGAACUUGCUACAAGUCCGGAUGCAGCUGCAAAGCCUGUGAGUGAACUUUUCAGUGCGAUUUUAGAGGACGGUAGACGACAAGCUUACGUAGACGCCAUUACAAAGGCAGAAGCAGAAGAAGCCGAAGAAGCCAUAAAAGCUGCCGAAAAAGCAGCCGAGAAAGAUGUCAAAAAACUGGAUUCACCAGACGACUUCCAAGAACAGGCUGCAACAGCCCAAAAGUCCUUCAACGACCUCAUGGCCCGAUUCAAAACCGCCACUAGCAAAAUCACAGAGACACCAGAAUCCGAACCCACAACCGAAGAUGGCCCAGACCCGGAUACUGCACCAGGGUUAGCUCUGUCAUGGGGAAAACUAAGCUCAGGGUUCGCAUCAGCAGUUAAAAACAACCCGAUCGAGCUACCAAAAGUGCAGAUUGCAACGGUUAGGGGCCAAGCCAAGGCGCAGAACUUGACACCUAAGCCGGCCGUGGUCAAGAAACCUGCAGCGGCUAAAAGGGCGCCACCACCCGCACAGCAGCCCAAACCGAAAGAGUCGAAAGCAGAAGUGAGGAAGAUUUUCGGGGGUGUGUUUCAGCAGGAAACCAUUUACGUUGACGAUUGAGAUGAUUUAUUAAUGUUAGUAAUGUUUUAUGUUCAUAUGUGAAUUGUAGUUGAAUUCUUGAUGGUUGAAUGCUGGUUUAACCAGCAUGAUCAUUAACUUAUUUCACUUGUAUCUUGAUCUCAUAUGUUUUUUUUUUUCCGAGUUGCUAUAUAUAUAUUAUUCGGGUUUUAAAGGCAA